AUGGCGGAGCUGUGCCGCACAGACUCCACGCUGACGUCCCUGGACGAGGAGACGCUGUGGGAGCUGAUGGAGAGCCACCGCUACAAGAUCGUGCGCAGCAUCUGCCCCAGCCGCCUCACCCCCUACCUGCGCCAGGCCAAGGUGCUGGGCCAGCUGGACGAGGAGGAGGUCCUGCACAGCUCCCGCUUCACCAACAGCGCCAUGAGAGUGGGGCAUCUGCUGGACUUGCUGAAGACCCGAGGAAAGAAUGGCGCCAUCGCCUUCCUGGAGAGCUUGAAGUUCCACAACCCUGAUAUCUACACGCUGAUCACGGGGCUGCAGCCCGACGUGGAUGCCAGCAACUUCAGCGGCCUCAUGGAGACGUCCAAGCUGACCGAGUGUCUGGCGGGGGCCAUCGGCAGCCUGCAGGAGGAGCUGGCCCAGGAGAAGGCCCAGAGGGAGGCUGUGCUGCGGCAGUGCCAGAGGUUGCAGGAGCGCCUGGGCCUGGCCGAGGCCCGUGCCGAGGGCCUGUGCCAACUGGAGGCCGACCACAGCCGCAUGAAGAGGGAGCUCAGCGCCCACUUCCACGAGGUGCUGAAGCUGAAGGACGAGAUGCUGAGCCUCUCGCUACACUACAGCAACGCGCUGCAGGAGAAGGAGCUGGCCACCUCGCGGGGCCGCAGCCUGCAGGAGGAGCUGUACCUGGCGAAGCAGGAGCUGCAGCGGGUGCAGAUGGUGUCGUCCUGUGAGCGGGAAUUUCGAGAGAGGUCCCUGAAGAUGGCCGAUGACCUGGAGGAGGGCGGUGAGGAGCUGGCCCGCCUGAGGGAGGAGAAUGAGAAACUGCGCUCGCUGACGUUCAGCCUGGCAGAGAAGGACAUUCUGGAGCAGAACCUGGACGAGGCCCUGGAGAGCAAGCAGGAGCUGGUGGACCGCAUCCACUCGCUGCGGGAGCGGGCGGCGGCCGCGGAGAGGCAGCGGAAGCAGUACUGGGAGGAGAAAGAGCAGACCCUGCUCCAGUUCCGCAAGACACAGAUGGACUGUGAGCUGUACAGGGAGAAGAUGAACACGCUGCAGGGCCAGGUGGCCGAGCUGCAGAAGGAGCGUGACCAGGCGUACUCUGCAAGGGACAGAGCCCAGCUGGCGAUUUCUCAGAGCCUGACGGAGAAGGAUUCCCUCCGCAGAAGAGUGUUCGAGCUGACCGCUGAGGUCUGCGAGCUGCGCACCCAGCUCUGCAAGCUACGGGCAGAGCCCACAGCAGGGGACCCCUCUGGCCCCAAGCAGGAAGCGGAGGCCCGGGAGGCCCGCGAGGCCAGGGAACCCUGCCCGCGGGGGAAGCAGCGGCUGGUGCGGAUGCAUGCGGUGUGCCCAGGGGUGGACAGCAGCUCCACCGAGUCCCAGCUCUGGUGGGACCUGAGCGCCACGUCCAGCCGGGAACCCAUGGACAGCUUCCGCUCCAGCAGCCCUGUGCCUCCCAGCCAGCAGUCCCUGUAUAAGCGGGUGACAGAGGACUUCCGGGAAGACCCCGAGUCUUUAAGCUUCCCGGGAAUCCUGGAGGUAGACCUAGGAGCCCCUCCGGGGGCCAAGGGGGACGACACAGACCUGGACUACGAGAUUCUGGACAGGGCAGACCUCCCCCAGCCUGAGGGCAGCCCGCAGCUGUCCUCCAGGAGCCUGGACAGCCCUGAAAGCAGCGCCCCUGUGCGGCGGAGGCCAGCCCGCAAGAUCCUGAGCCAGGUGACGGUGCUGGCCUUCCAGGGACGUGCACUGCUGGAGCAGAUCAGUGUCAUUGGCGGAAACCUCACGGGCAUCUUCAUUCACCGGGUCACUCCAGGCUCAGCAGCAGAUGGGAUGGCCUUGCGCCCGGGCACCCAGAUCGUGACGGUGGAUCACGAGGCCACCGAGCCCUCAUUCAAGGCCACCCUGGAGAACACAACCCUGGAGCAGGCCUUGGGGCUCCUCCGGAGGGUGGACGGCUUCUGCUGCCUGUCUGUGAAGGUCAACACUGAGGGUUAUAAGAAGCUGGUCCAGGACCUGGAGGCCAAAGUGGUGACCUCAGGAGAUUCCUUCUACAUCCGGGUCAACCUGGCCAUGCAGGCGAAGGGGCCGGGGGAGCUGCAGGUGCACUGCAAUGAGGUCCUGCACGUCACAGACACCGUGUUCCAGGGCCAUGGCUGCUGGUGCGCCCACCGUGUGAACCCCUACACCAUGAGGGACGCAGAGCACGGGGCCAUCCCCAACUACCCACGGGCUCAGCAGCAGCUCAUCACCCUUAUCCAGGACGUGACCCAACAGCGGACGGUUGCCCGCAAAUCUUCCGGGGGCACUCAGAAGCUGGUGCGCAUCGUCAGCAUGGACAGAGCCAAGGAUGGUCCUCUGUGCUCAUCCUUUGGUGAGGGCCAGGACCCCAGCAGGGCAGAAGACUGCUCCAGCGCGUGCUUCUGGGCCGAGAGCUGCUUUACCCUGGCGCCGUACAGCCUGGUGCACCCCCACAGGCCCGCCCGGCCCCGGCCCGUGCUCCUGGUGCCCAGGGUGGUCGGGAAGAUCCUGAGCAGGAAGCUCUGCCUCCUCCAGGGGUUUAGGAAGUGCCCAGCAGAGUACUUGAGCCAGGAGGAAUAUGACACCUGGAGGCAGAGAGGGGACAUCAUCCAGGAGGGACAGGAAUCUCAUGGCCGCUGCUGGGUGACACGCCAAGCUGUAGAGUCCCUCAUGGAAGAGAACACUCACGCCCUCCUUGAUGUCCGGCUGGACAGCGUCCGUAGCCUGCAUCAGAUGGACAUCUUCCCCAUCAUCGUCCAUGUCUCCAUCAAUGAGAAGAAUGCAAAGAAACUCAAGAAAGGCCUGCAGCGGCUGGGCACCUCGGAGGAGCAGCUCCUGGAGGCGGCCAGGCAGGAGGAGGCCGACCUGGACAAAGUGCCCUGCCUAUACAGCAGCCUGGCCCCUGAUGCCUGGAGUGACGUGGACGUCCUGCUGGGCUGUGUCCGCCUGGCCAUUGCAGAUGAGCAGAAGAAGGUGGUGUGGACGGAGGAGAGCCCCUACUGACGCUGAGGCACCCUUCCCUGGGCUGUGAGGACCCCCAUGUCACUGCCAUCCUGUCCUUUGCCAGAGCCUCGGGGCACAGCUGGGACAGCUCAGCAUGCAGGCCGGCUCCCCCUCUGGCUGGGGUCUCACUUUGCACCCUCACCACGUGUGGGGCACAGAGUGGUCACCCAUACCCACUGUGACCCCUCCGCCCUUCACCAGGGCGUGGCAUGGGCUGAACCAGAGGC